CUGGCCAAGUCGCCGCGAGUGAUUUGUAUUCAACUGCCUCUAAUUGCUCGCGCGACGAUUCCCCACUUGCAACCGAUUAGACGACGCUUGAAUUUCGCUCGAAGCGAGAACAUAGCGGUGCGCCACAAAGGAAAGGCAUGCACGCUGAGGCCCGUAUUCCGACCGAGCCGGUUAGCUAUCAAUUUGGCUUAUCGCGAGGUCACUUUCAGCGGGGCAUAGGGUGGGAGGCAGCCUGUUCGAAAACGGAAGUCACCGUUUUAUAAUGGUCAAUUUUACACAGGUCCGUGGGUCACUAACAGAGGGAAAGAGGGACCCGUUUUUGGAUCCCAAGUACCCCGGUUUUUGACCCCCUCUACCUCGUAGGGCAAGCUUCUAGGGA